AUGGGCCACGGAGGGUCUGAGGAGGAAAAAUGUGCUCUGGCUGACCACAGUACCGUGGAAGAUGCGCUCAGGCAAGUCUCAGUUCUCAGAGACAAGUAUGCGCCGUGGCCCAACCCGGCCGAUACGACCUACCACGAUCAUACGACGAACCUCGCUUCCUACCAACUGGUGCAAACCGCGGUAGAUGGUCAGUUGUUUAUGGCACCACUGGAGUCAGUAGCGGACUUUUCUAGGCGAGCUCGCCUGAGCGCGUGGCCCUGCGAGAAGAAUUGUCUAAUAAGCAAGAGAUACAAUGUCCAACAGGCCAACGCCUAAGCUAGCGUUGACAUGUAGAAGAAACCCGGUUGUUUGCACACCAUCUGAGCUGGAGGCCCCCGGAAUCUCAUCAUUGCAAGUAACUUUCUCCGCCAAUACAACCGAGCCGUCUUGCUAGUCUCCCUCGGACCAGGAUUCCCUCACAAUAGUCGAUCACCGGCUCAUGGAAAGGAUGUAACGAAUA